AUGAGAGGCGAAGGAGCAGAAGGAACACAUGGGCUCGGGUCGCGUACACAGGGCAUCAGGGAAAUCGCGGCAAGACUGUCUAAUAACCGAGAAUAUGUCUUUGUGGAUACCCCUGGGUUCAACGACCCUGAUAGAUCGGCCAGAGAUGUACUUCAAAUGAUUGCUGAUUGGUUAGAGAGGAAAUAUCGAGGGGGUGCUCUUCUCACGGGAGUCAUCUACACCCAUCGAAUUGCCAACCACCAGAUGGACCGUUUAAUGUGUAAAAGUCUGGACAUAUUUUGCUGUAUAUGUGGGGACAAAGCUGCUGGACGCGUCCGACUGGUGUCUACCAUGUGGGACCAGGUGAAAGAUCCUAGUGCUGCAGAGGCCAUGGUGUCACGACUAGAAGGGAACUUCUGGAAGCCCUUACUUGACGCAGGUGCCCGCCAUAUGCGAUUUGAAAAUUCAAAGCAGUCCGCGUGGGACAUAGUCAAGGACUUAGGAGCGGGAGGUGAGGCCCUUUUGCUCCAACAGGAGCUAGUAGAUGCAGAAAGGACCCUAUACGAGACGUUUGCUGGUCGCACUCUCUACCUGCAACUCCAGCAGCUCCUCCAGGAAGAACUAGAAAUACGCAAGCAACUUUUGGGAGUUUCCGGGAUGCGGACAGUUCGGAGUCCGAUAAUGCAGCAGCUCAAAGUAGAGUGCAAGAGCAUCGAAACACAGCUGCAGAGCGCACGGAGAGCAAGGCGACGACAAGAGAUGCGCCAUCAAUCCUACUGGCGCCGAUUGUCAUCACUCUUUUUCAAUCCUACCGUUGCAAUCCCGGAAGUUACGGAAAAUGACCUUGUAAUCUUGUGA